CGGCGACGGCGACGAAGGGGCGGAGGGGUUCCCUGCCCGCAGUUGCCGAGCCGCGGCGGCCGAGGCGGGAUGGUGUAGCCGGGCCUGCGGGCGGGGGCGAGGCGGACGCCUCCUGACGGGCUCGGGGCCAGCGGCCGCACGCUGAGGGGGCGUCGCCGCCGCCGGCCCCCGGCGCCGCCGCGGGAGGCCGCGCCCGCCAUGGCGGCCCGGCUGGUGCUGGAUGAGUUCACGGCGCCCGCCGAGAAGGCGGCGCUGCUGGUGCAGAGCCGCGGCCGCAUCGAGGGCCUGUUCGGCGUGAGCCUGGCAGUGCUGGGCGCGCUUGGGACCGAGGAGCCGCUGCCCGCGCGCAUCUGGCUGCAGCUCCGCGGGGCGCAGGAGGCGGUGCACAGCGCCAAGGAAUAUAUUAAAGGAAUCUGUGAACCUGAACUGGAAGAAAGAGAAUGUUACCCCAAGGCCAUGCACUGCAUUUUCGUUGGGGCGCAGAGCCUGUUUCUGAAGAGCUUGAUCCAGGACACCUGUGCCGAUCUCUGCAUCCUGGACACCGGUCUUCUCGGCAUCCGAGGGAGCGCGGAAGCCGUGGUCAUGGCCCGGAGUCAUGUUCAGCAGUUUGUAAAGCUCUUCGAGAGUAACGAGAACCUGCCCAACAGUCAGAAAGAAUCGGAGGUGAAAAGGGAAUUUAAACAGUUUGUUGAAGCCCACGCAGACAAUUAUACAAUGGACUUGUUGAUUCUGCCCACUUCCUUGAAGAAAGAACUGCUGACACUCACACAGGGGGAGGGGGACCUAUUUGACACCGGGGGUGACGAGGAUGCGGGUGACGUCAGAGACCCAGAGCAGGCAGAGUCUCCACGGGGCGCUGCCCUGGGGCCAGGCGCCGCUGCCGACGGGACAGUCCUGCAGGAGGAGGCGAGGAACAAAGCUGGGACCCCUGUUUCUGAGCUUGCAAAACAAAUGGACACCGUCUUUUCUAGCGCGCAAGAUGUGCUUUUUGUUCCAAUCAACGGCCUGACCCCAGAUGCAGAGGCACUUUGCAAAGGCCGGGUUUGUCACAAAAGGCGAUCUUCUGACUCUGAAGAAAGGCAUAGCAAGAAGCAGUUUUCUCUGGAAAACGUUCCAGACGGGGCGCUCUUGCGCGGUAACAAGACGUCGGCUGGGAGCGGAGCCGUCGACCCGUCUGACUCGUCUCCCGAGGCCGACAUUCCAAGUCCGGAUGUAAAGGACGCUACUGAGGAGAUGGAACACAACAUCCUGGUCAACUUCUUUAAAACCAUGGGCUAUUCCCAAGAAAUCGUUGAAAAGGUCAUUUGGGAGUAUGGGCCAUCUACUGAGCCAUUAUUGCUCUUAGAGGAAAUUGAAAAAGAAAACAAACGAUUCCAAGAAGACAGAGCGUAUUCACCUGGUACUGUGUAUCCAGAGACCAACAAAACAAAAAAUAAAGGUGUUUGUAGCAGCAUAAAUGAGCUUGCAGUGGACUCUACUCCAAAGAAAACACAAACUCACGCACAGCAAAAUAUGGUAAAAAAAUCUCCUCAGUUACCAUUCAAAGUAGAAUCAAAACCAUGUACCUCAAAUUGCAAAAUCAGCGCUUUCAGAGCAGCACCCGUGGAGCUGAAACAAGACCCCUGGGGCCCACACCAGAGCUACCUGGGGAACGUGGACCUUGAAACGGAUGGGCUCGCCCCCUCUGUCUCCUCUUCAAGUCCCAAAGAAGUCAGCUUCGUUUCUAGAGGAGCAGCGGGUCACCAGCCCAGGAUCCCUAUUUUUCCUGAAAAUGGCGUGCAGCAGCAAGGAGAGCCCUUGCUCCCAAACGCUCUCAGGGCUGCCUGUGAGAACCGUUCCGGGUGCUGCGGCUCUCCCCAGUCUAAGCCAAAUUGUCGGCCCCUUUCUCCACCAGUCCCGCGGCCCCCGCUGUCCCCCUCGGCUGCUGACGCGAGGUUGGUGGGGCCCUGCGAUCACAUCGACUCCUCGGUCACGGGUGUGCAAAGGUUCCGAGAUACUCUGAAAGUGCCCUACAAGCUGGAGUUAAAGAAUGAACCGGGAAGGACGGAUUUGAAGCACAUAGUUAUAGACGGGAGCAAUGUGGCCAUCACCCACGGCCUGAAGAAGUUCUUCUCCUGCCGGGGCAUCGCCAUCGCGGUCGAGUACUUCUGGAAGCUCGGGAACAGAAACAUCACCGUGUUCGUCCCGCAGUGGAGGACGCGGCGCGAUCCCAACGUCACAGAACAGCACUUCUUAACCCAGCUCCAGGAGCUUGGAAUAUUAUCUUUAACUCCUGCUCGGAUGGUCUUUGGAGAAAGAAUUGCUUCUCAUGACGACAGGUUUCUGCUGCACUUAGCGGACAAAACAGGCGGCAUCAUUGUGACCAACGAUAACUUCAGAGAGUUUGUGACUGAGUCAGUCUCCUGGAGAGAGAUUAUUACAAAAAGGCUGCUCCAGUACACCUUCGUGGGGGACAUCUUCAUGGUGCCCGACGACCCCCUGGGGAGAAGCGGGCCGCGGCUGGAAGAGUUUCUCCGGAAGGAAGCCCCCCUCAGAGACAUGCAGCCCCUGCUCACCGCCUUGCCGAGCAUGGGCCUGUUCGACCCCAACUUCAGGGGCCCGGGCGCCCAGGCAGCCGGCGCCGGCCACCAGCCCCCGGCACGGGCGCAGGGCCCCCCACCGGGCCACUGGCUGCCUCCACAGCCCCGCUUCUCCCCGGGGCCCGGCCUCCCGCAAGGCGUGCCCGGCCCGGCCCAGCGGUCCACCGCCGAGACCGGCGAGCUGCGCGAGGCCCUGCUCAGGAUCUUCCCGGACUCGGAGCAGCGGCUGAAGAUCGACCAGAUCCUGGCGGCCCACCCCUACAUGAAGGACCUGAACGCGCUCUCGGCCAUGGUGCUGGACUGAGGGCGCCGGCGGGGUCCGCGGGGCGGCGGGGGCGCCACAAUGUGAAGAAACCCAUCUCCCGGUGGGGUCGCUGUUGUCUUGUACAGAAGAAAAACAGGUGUUUUGUGUAUAAAAAAUCUGGGUUUUCAAAGCCAGCUUUUUCUAUAUAUAAAUUAUGCUGCUAUUACAGACUUAACAUUUUCUGUAAAAGGAAAGUCUACAUUUUCUGCCUGUUCAGAACUGUUUAAUAGCAGUUACUCUUGAGUGUAUUGACAUUUUUAUGUUUUUUAAACUAUUUUCCUUAAAGCUGAAGAUAUUGACAAAUGGAUAUGAUUAGCCUUUCUAAAUAAAAAAAAUAAUAAUAAGAGCUGCUUUCCUUAGGGAAAGCAGGACCUCUUAAAGUAUAUUUUCUUGCGAUGACUACAUCCCAUCCACUAGCAGGAAGUGUGUGCGCCCCUGCCCCCGCC